ACACACACACACACACGCAUGCACCAAAUUCCCUGCUACACCGGAAGUGCUCUGCUCAUCUUAGUGCAAGUGCAAUAGAUGUCCAGUAGCAUUGCUAGAAGAUUUCUCUGGAAGCAAAGUUGUUUGAAGAAGUCUUAGGAUAACCAGCCUGUUUUGUCUAAUUUGACCGUGAAGCCACCAUGUCACUCACAGAUCAUCACAUCUUUGUUGAACAGCAAAUUUCACACAAAUUCCAAGUGAAAGUGUUGCGGGCUGAAAAUGUCACCAAAGGAGCUCUCGGAGACCUGUUGGAUACCCCUGACCCAUAUGUGGAGCUGUUCAUCCCCACCGCCCCUGAGAGCAGGAAGAAAACACGACAUAUAGAUAACGACAUCAAUCCAGAGUGGAAUGAGACUUUUGAAUUCAUCCUCGACCCCAACCAAGACAACGUGCUAAAGCUGACAUUAAUGGAUGCUAACUAUGUUGUUGAUGAAAAGUUGGGUACGGCCUCAUAUGACAUCUCUAAACUCAAGGUUGGACAAACAGUGCUGGUGUCAUUUCUUAUAGGAAAAAUGACCAAUGUGUACUUAGAGCUUUCCUUGGAGGAGUGCUACACGAUGGACCUGCGAUUCAAUCUGGAUCUGUGCCCUAAAGAAAAGCUCUACAGACAACACCGGCGUGAUAGAGUCAUGCUGGGCAUCAAGAAAUUGCUGCACAUGGAGAAACCUUCCUCCCUCCCUUCCUCUCCUCAUGAGGUUCCAGUGAUUGCUGUGCUGGGCUCAGGGGGAGGUUUCAGAGCAAUGGUCGGGUUCUCUGGGGUUAUGAAGGCUUUGUAUGAGUCUGGAGUUCUGGACUGCGUCACAUAUGUUGCUGGACUCUCUGGAUCCACCUGGUACAUGUCCACUUUGUACUCCCACCCAGAGUUCCCCACUAAGGGCCCAGAGCAGAUCAACCAGGAGCUGAUGAGCCGUGUGAACAGUAACCCUCUCCGACUACUCCUACCCAAACACAUCACUAAAUACGUACAUGCCUUGUGGAGCAAGAAGGCCUCUGGGCAGCCUGUUACCUUCACAGAUAUCUUCGGGAUGUUGAUAGGCGAGACGCUCAUUCCCGCUAGGAUGGACACCAAGUUGAGUGAAUUGCAGGAAAAGAUAAAUGAAGCUCAAGCUCCUCUGCCCUUGUUCAGUUGCCUGCAUGUAAAACCAGAUGUCUCUGAGCUCAAGUUUGCAGACUGGGUGGAGUUCAGUCCGUAUGAGAUCGGAAUGGCUAAAUAUGGAACCUUCAUGACCCCUGACCUUUUUGGAAGCAAGUUCUUCAGAGGAAAUGUGAUCAAGAAGCACAAAGAGAACCCUCUUCACUUCCUUAUGGGUGUGUGGGGCAGUGCCUUCUCCAUCCUGUUCAACAGAAUUCUGGGAUUGAAUGAUGCGACGAAAGGCAGCACCAUGGAGGAAGAACUAGAACAGAUCAAACCGGAACACAUUGUGGGAGAGGACAGUCUAGAUAAUGAUGAAGACUCAAAUAAAGAGGACGAGUAUCAGGCCAGCUGGAUGCAGCGCAUGGUUAGCUCUCUCUUCAGUGACUCAGUUCUUUUUAAUACACGAGAAGGCAGAGCAGGAAAAGUACACAACUUCAUGCUGGGCUUAAACCUAAACAAUGACGUGCCAUUUUCGUCUUUCACUGAGUCCGUCAGUCCCACAGAGGAUGAAACUGAUGCGGUCACAGACCCAUGCGAGUUUGACCGUAUCUACGAGCCAUUAGACGUAAAGAGCAAGAAGAUCCAUGUGGUGGACAGUGGCUUGACCUUUAACCUCCCUUAUCCUCUGAUUCUAAGGCCUCAGAGAGGUGUUGACCUCAUCAUCUCCUUUGACUUUUCUGCCCGACCGAGUGACUCAAGUCCUCCAUUUAAGGAACUUCAGCUAGCUGAGAAAUGGGCACGAAUGAACAAACUUCCGUUCCCCAAGAUCGACCCAAAGGUGUUUGACCGGGAGGGGCUGAAGGAAUGUUAUGUGUUUAAGCCCAAAAAAGGAGAAAGGAACUGCCCAACUGUCAUCCAUUUCGUCCUGGUCAAUAUUGAAUUCAGGACAUUUAAAGCCCCAGGUGUUCCACGUGAAACAGACAAAGAGAGAGAAUUUGCAGACUUUGACAUCUUCGAUGACCCAGAGACGCCCUAUUCCACAUUCAACUUCCAGUAUUCCAAUCAAGCUUUCACUCAGCUGCAUGAUCUUAUGGAAUUUAACACGCUUAACAACAUAGAGGUCAUCAAAGAAGGCAUAAAGGACAGUAUCUUGUAUAGGAAGGAGAUUCCAUCUCGCUGCUCUGUCUCUCUUUCUCUCAGUGAAAUACAAAACAAAAAACUCCUGAAGAGGGAGUCCAAAGGACAAGCAUACCAAUAAGGAGGCGGUCUAUCAUGGCAUUCUCGCCACAGGAAGUUUACAGAUGUCACACAUCUCAUCAUGGAAACUUUUUUUUUAAACUGAAAAAUAACUUAACAGACUGUGAAACUAGAUGGUCUGGUUUGGUGCCCAGAACAUGUUUUCAAGUAGCCUUUUAAAGGAGGAGGGAGAACUUGUGACUGACACCAUGAAAACAGCAUUUACAAUGUAAUUGUUGUCAUUAAGUUGUGCGGAUGUAGCAAUUCCAGAAAGUGUGGUGUGAAGUGCCAGAGUAAAUGUAAACAAAUCAACUAUUUCUUCCAUGAUACUUAGUUUAAAGUGCUUAGAGGUUUACUUCUUGAAGACUUAAAAAGGUGUUUCCCCCCAAAAGAAACUUCCAUCAUCAUUUACUCACCCUCAUGUCAUGAAGUUCUAAACAGUUUAUCAUCUUCUGCAGAAUAUAAAAGACAUUUUGAAGACAGUUGGGGUCCAAACAGCAUUUAACUUUCAUCGUAUAUAGACAAAGAAGAAAUUCAUACAUGUUUGGAAAGACAUAAGUAAAUGAUGACAGAUUUCUCA